AUGAAUCAGUUAAGAACUCAUGAAGAGAAGGUGAGUUCAUGGAGACAUGAGUACAGUCUUAACUGCUUAGAAUUGUAUUAUGACUUCCUCAAAAUUGCUCAAUUCUAUGUGGUGGAAGCCAACGGUGAUGAUGGUUUUGAAGUUCCAGUGGGGCAGGACAAGUACAUUGUGAAGUUGGAGAUGAGAAGGUGUACAUGUAGGAUGUGGGACAUCUUUGGGAUCCCAUGUACCCAUGGAAUAAGGGCACUGCAGUAUUUGAAGAGAGACCCUUUAAGGGAGAUACACUGGUGGUACACCAAAAAGGCUUAUCUACUGACUUAUCACCACAAGAUACAGCCAGUUCCUAGUGAGAAAUUCUGGACAGUUGAUCCAGCUCAUGCAAUGUAUCCACCAAAUAUGAUGAGUCAAGUAGGCAGGCCUAGAGUCAAGAGAAUUAGAUAA